CAGACUUCCCUUUUGUAGUUCCUAGGUUCAAAAGUGACUUGAUGUCAGGUAGAAAAACUGCAGUAUGAUUUCCUGAAAUACAUCGAUGUUAGCGAUGGUUUGAGCAAGCUACGAUAGCUAAUUCUGUUUUCAACUUGUUCGCUACCUACAUUAUGUUAAAAUAUUUCAUUCUAACGGUAAUCUCUGCAUCUAUUGUCUUUCUGAGCGUACACUAUGAUUUAGAUAGUAUUUAUGAAAAUACAGUGUCCCUCUUAUUUUCGGUCGGAAGACGCAAAGAAGAAGUACGCCUUUUGGGAGAAAACGAUCUUUCGUUGUAUAACGGCGAAUCGGACAGCAACGGACUUUACCUUUCAGUACUGGGACAGGUGUUUGAUGUUAGUCGAGGGCGGGAGCACUAUGGACCAGGUGGUGGUUACCAUUUGUUUGCAGGUAAAGAUGCGUCACGUGCCUUUGUGACAGGGGAUUUUUCAGAAACUGGACAAACAGAUGACCUAUCUGGUCUCUCCCCUGAACAGAUAGUGGCUCUGUUCGACUGGCUGGCCUUUUAUCAGAAGGAAUAUAAACCAGUAGGCAGGCUGAUUGGACGAUACUACAGCGAGAACGGGGAGCCCACAACAGCAUUACGGGAGGUUGAGGAGGUUCUGGCGGAAGGACUGAAACUCAAGGCUGAGGCUCAGGCUCAGAAAAAACGCUUCCCUUCCUGUAACUCCGCUUGGAGUGAUGCCAGCAGUGGAAGGGUGUGGUGCUCCACAAUGAGUGGCGGGGUGCACAGGAGCUGGGUUGGUGUCCCCAGGAAACUUUUUUCCCUCGAAAGCUGGAGCUUCCGCUGCGUGUGUGUACAGAGCGAAGACCCGACAGCGCUGAACAGCCCCCUUCUACAGGAAUAUGAGGACUGCCCCUCCCUCGCAGAGUCCUGCCCUGUCAACACCUUGUGAACAUGUACACCCCUCGUAUUCAAGCACAGCUUUGAAUAAGAGACUAUGGAUUGGUGUUUCCUAAACUCACAGCAAAGUGCUCCCGUGUGUGUGCUGGAUUUUCAAGACCUACAUUUAUGCACUUCCCAUAAUUACAUCCUGAAACCAGUUUGAACAGAAUACUUACUUGGAAUGUUGUCAUUUGCUUUAUCUUUGAAAUAUUUAUUUUAAAGUUUGGUUUCAGUGUCCAUACUUUCAGGAUUUAGGGCCAACAAUGAUUUUUGUGACAUGAUAUUGAUACCUUUAAAAUUUUUCUAAUCGGACCAUUGGUUAUCAGAACUGAUCUGACUCACUGGCAGGUUCAACGUGGAUUUGGGUUAAUCUAUGUAAGCAUGUACAUCUAUUUUGGAUACAAGGGGCGGAAACUAAUCUUAAAUGCCUCAUUCUGUGCAAUCAACAGUUUGCUAUCUUUGAAAGACAGCAUACCCAGCAAGGCUCCAGACCUUUUUUUAUGAGCCCUUAUAUAGAGAAAAUGGAACAAUCCAAUGGAAAAGGUGCUAGAUAUAUAUUUUUUCUCUCACUUGGGGAAGCUGCUCAGCUGGUGAGCUGGUAAACAACAUUCCACACAUUCAAUAGUAGUCGCCAAAGAACAGGACACUAAUGGAACUGCAAGUGCUAUUGUUGCAGUGACAUGCUGGCAAACAUUUCUAAUGGUAAAAUGUCAGGCUGUAUACAUGUACAGAUAGGUGACAUCUGCUAUUAGAAACUAACUGCAUCGUAGUCACCAUUUCAGUUAAAUGAAUACUAGUCUAUACACUGAAUGAUAAUGUACUUUUGGGAAUAGAGGAACAAAUACUCAUUUAUUUUAGAAUUUUUAACUUUUAGGUUUAAUUGUAAAUCUUAUGAUAAUAUUUGAACUAUUUAUGCUCAAGGUAAUUGAUCAAUCAAGAAAAGAUAAAAUAUAGAUUUUUCUGAUUAUAGUUCGUAACUAUUGCACUUUUGUAAAUGGAAAAUACUCAGGUAUUUUAAUUUUCAGGUUUAAUUUCACUGUAUAAAAGUAGAUUUCUGAUCAAAAUAUGGAAUGAAAGAAACAUGAAAUAAACAGAUUGAGCUGGGAUUUUUAAAGCUGUGGAUAUUGCAACUAUGUCUCCUGGGAUUCUCAGGUAGAGACAAUCCAAAGUGAGCAAUAUAAUAAAUACCAGUAGAAGCAAAGAAAACCUUGUACUUCAAGCGUCAAUCAGAUUUGAUUUGUGAAUUUCCUUCAAUACCAUUACUCCAAGCUCUUGUCCCUUUAUGCCUGCAUAUUAAUUUUCACAUCUGUUGGAAUUUGCUGACAAAUGCUUACUCAAAUGAGUCUUUAUAUUUGUGAUCAUUGUCACAUUGUCUUGCAUUAUAAGUCACCUACCAUUUACGCAGAAACCCGUCUGCUGUUGCAAGACACAGUUCAUACACUCAACAUGAAUUUGGUCUCACACAUACACACAAUCUCCGGUAAUCCACAGGUAUUAAUAUAAAAAGACCACUUUAAUUGAGCAUUGCUGUGCACUCAAACUUGUUCACUCCAACAUGUAGGGAGACGAAACAUGGAUGGCAGUUAUUCUGAAAAAUAAAUGUGAGUCAAAGUU